UGAAUAUUCAUAUUUCUUUUUUAUUAUGGUGGAGCGUAUUAUAUGUUGUACUGAACACCAAAGCUUCCGUAUGUAACGUUCGGUCCUUCUUGAAUUGACUUAUCUCAUUGAGCAUUCAUUUGCUGUAAACCCGCAUGAAGAUACAAUCAUGUGAGGCCAGUGUGAGUGCUCUUCUCGCCAGCCAUUGGUUGCGGGAAAAUGCGAAAAAUAUCGAGACCUGGAGAGGCCAUUGCUGCAUUUGGGAUUUUCUAGCUGGGAUAUCGACAUUACACGUACCUAUUUCAACAUUGAUUCGCCCAAGGAGAAUUUUGAUUUUUCCUGUUGCUGAUGAAUCAAUAAAUCAAUACUCCACAAAUGUAACCUACAUCAUGUGUGCUUUCAAAGUCCAACAUUUUAUCCACUUCCAUACAUGUGUUCUUCUCUUUUGUACCUACAAUGCCAUGCAUUUCCUAUACCUUACACAUAGCAUAUCGCAUGAGAAUACAUCAUUUACGCAGGUCAAGAAGACGGUGAGGCCUGAGACAAGCUGCUACUGACUCAAUCAUGUAUGUCAAUCACUUGGACCGUGGUACAUCGGGCUUGUAUCAAGGACGCUGAACAAUCACACAAACCAACUGAGGGGCAAAUUGAAUCCUUCAGAUUUGCGACAGCGAUAGUCGAAUCGAGCUGACUAUGUAUGUGACUUAAUUCUACAAUGCUUUGCGGCAGAUUUCCCUGACCAAGCCCGAGGUUGCUUAUCAAGAAGCAAUACCCGGGACAAGGGCAUGGUACAAAAUUAACGAAUCUCAUGGGACGGGAACAAUUUAUCCAAGGAAGAGGAAGUCUCGGAAGAUGGAUUGAUUGUUUUUCUCAAGUCACGGACCUGGAACGGUUUGGAUAAACGCAUGCGACGGGAAUGUACGGGAACGGCACAGCACAGCUUUGCUUUUCUGCUCUAUUGCCUGCAUGUAAUAUCCAUGUACCGAUGAUAAUUCCUAUAUUGCAUAACAUAUAUACUUGCAGGAAUAGAGGGCCGGCAGCAGCGGAACAUGGGAAUAUCCUCUUUUAAUAAAAGGCUUACAUUCCAAAGUUCC